CUUCAGGGGAAAAACCCGGACACGCCGGACUCCCCUCGGUGGGAGCUGAACCUUCGGAGGGUUCAAAGACGGGCUCUGUCAGGCGGGGGGUGCGUGACGCUAAACUGAGCGGGGAGUCCAGUCCGAGGUGCGGGAGGCUUCGAGCCCCGUGGCUGAUAGCUCGUCCCUGAGCCGGCGGCAAAGGACAGGCAACAGCCGAGCCCCUGUGAGUCCGCCUGUGAGGAUGUGGCUGUACCUGGCCGCUCUGCUGGGGCUGUACUUCCUCCACCGAUGGUACCGGGAGCGGCAGACUGUGGAGAACCUCCGAGAGAAAUACGUCCUGAUCACCGGCUGCGACUCCGGCUUCGGGAACCUGCUGGCCAAGCAGCUGGACGCGCGGGGCCUGCGGGUGCUGGCGGCUUGUCUCACCCAGCAGGGCGCGGAGCAGCUGAGGAAGGCGACGUCGCAGCGGCUGCAAACGGUGAUCCUGGACGUCACCCGGACUGACAGCAUCGCCGCGGCCACCGCCUGGGUGAAGGAACAAGUGGGGGACAAAGGGCUCUGGGGCCUGGUGAAUAAUGCGGGGAUCGCCAUCCCCGCGGCCCCCAACGAGUGGCUGACCAAGGACGACUUCGUCAAGGUGCUGGACGUGAACCUGAUCGGCCCUAUCGAGGUGACCCUCAGCGUCCUGCCCCUGGUGAAGCGAGCCAGGGGCCGGGUCGUCAACGUGGCCAGUAUAAUGGGCCGAUUGUCCUUCUUCGGAGGGGGCUACUGCCCUUCUAAGUACGGCGUGGAGGCAUUCUCCGACAGCCUCCGGCGUGAAAUGCUGCCUUUCGGGGUGAAGGUGUGUGUGAUCGAGCCGGGCUACUUCAGCACCACAAUUACCAACCCUCAGAUCAUUAUCGAGAACUUCACUCGCCUCUGGGAGAGGCUCCCCGAGGAAACCAAAGCGAGUUACGGGGAGAGUUACUUAAACGCUUUUAUCCGUGCCACCCACGAUAUGCAGAAAUCCUGCAACUCCGACCUGUCUGUCGUCACCCGUUGUAUGGGGCACGCGCUGACGGCUCGCCACCCCCGCACCCGCUACUCCGCCGGCUGGGACGCCAAGCUGGUCUUCAUCCCGCUGAGUUACCUGCCCACCUGGUUCGCCGACAUCGUGCUGACGUGGUCCUACCCGGUACCGGCCCAAAAAGCGUAGGAGGAAGAUGCGGCGUUAGAAUGUCGGCAGGGGGCAGCGACCGGAGGAGCGUCGCUAACAUACGGGUUCUGAAUUCCUGGCGGGGGUGAGACCUCCUGUCCCGUGGCGCCCAGCUGAGACUAUGCAAAUCAGUUCUUAAUUACAAAUGUUGAAUCAAA